ACCGCAAGUAUCGUGCAACACUACAGUCAACUUCAUGCCAAUGGAACUUCUUGUCAUUUGGUUCAUCGAGCGACAGCUAAAAAAAAUUGCAUAACAUUUCGAUUUUUCUAAGGUAAUUAAAACUUGUGAGAAAAAAACCGAGCAAAAUGUCUGAUGCAGCAAAAGCAGCCGAGCCAGGACGGCCAAUGAAAUAUCCAUACACUUUCAGUGCCAAGAUUGCUCAGUUUCCAUACAAGUUUUACUUGAAAAACAGUUGGUUGACCCGAUACUGGUUGAUUGGCAUCGUUGCUAGUCUUCCAUUGUGGUAUAAAAUCCAUAAAGCUGUUAACUCACCAGGAAAUGUUGCCGUUUGGAAGGAGAAGGAAAGAAAAGAAGCAGAGGAACAUGCUCACCAUUAAAUGUCGUUACGGUCAUGCUUUUCCUACGUUUCCAAAUACAACAACCAGCAACACCUAGUAUCGAACAUUUUAUAGAAAGAUCCAAUAGAAUUUAAAAGGAAACAUUCAAGCCUCCUCCAUCAGGAGAUCAAGUCAACAGAUUAAUGAAUGAUCACGUUUAGUGCUAUCUCGAUUGGACGUGAUUUAUCACACAAAAUGUUGAAUUAUAUAGUAAAAACGAAAAUAAAGAGCGAAUAAAAUCGUUUGUUAAAGCGAACAGUAAAA